AUGGAUUACCUGGCGAUAAUAUUUAUGUUGGCUAUAGUGUUGUGGCGUCUGCAGCGCACGGUUGGCAGCGUGGAGCAGUUUGAUAUGACCGUUUAUAUCUAUGAGCAAAACAUCGGGCACGUAAAAAACAUCGGACACGUAUCAGGCAUAUGGUGCGCGGUGUUCGACAGCGCGUCAGGGUCCCGUCUGAGCUCGCGGUUCAUCACCACCAGCGACGCUGGACAGGACGAGGAGCUAGCGGCGCUUCUAGCGAAAAUCAGGGAGAACAGACUAGUCAUUUUCGUUGGCACGGGAGAUUUCUUGCGCAGCCUUUACGACGCUGGGGCAGAUGCCCUCAGAACGUACGGAAGCGUCAUGGUGGAUAAACUAGCGAACUAUGAGCCAUGGUUCUUGAUCGGGAGGUCGGGGCGUGGACCACUCACCGGGAACUUCAGCAGUUCUCAGGGGUUCACAACUCUCGUAGAAGGCACCAUGACGCUGCCGCCGUCACUACAGAACGACGUUAAUAAAGUCAUGUCCGCUCACCACUCAGUCAACCUCUUCGUACCCAUAGCCGGGCUCAAAUCAGGAAACCGCUUGCCGGAAGGUUCUAUAACAGAAGAUUGCGAUUGGUACGCUGAGUACAAACAACAGGCAAGGUUCUGCCAAAGAUAUGAAGGUUAUGAAAGCUUGUGCCUCUGUGUCAACCCUUUAAUACCUGCGCUGCACAGCACUAACGCGACCCGACAACUCAAAGUGAAAAUUCCCAUUAUUAUUUUAACAGCUACAAGACCUUGGUACUUGUUCAGGAUCCUACAGACGUUGUGGCAGGAGGUGCAGGGUUUCUGGCCUGCAGACGUGCUGGUUGUGGUGGAUGGGCCAAGGCAGCCGAGCCUCGAGCUGCUGGAAAACUUCCCUGUGUCUGUUAUAGUUCACACCCCGCAAGGAAACCACGAGGAUAACACAAGGACGAAUACGAUGGUAGCUUUUGGCUUGAAGAGUGGCUUCCAGAAAUGGCCUGAGGUUGAGCAGAUCAUCGUCCUCGAGGACGACCUUAUACCCUCUCCUGAUUUGCUCACCUACUUCGAACAGCUCGCCCCAGUUCUUACAGCCGACCCCACACUCAUGUGCGCUAACGCCUUCAGCCAGCACUCAUACCCCAACACGGCGUACGACCUUACGACCGUCCUUAGGACGCGUGUCAUGCCUCAGUACGGCUGGAUGAUGACCAGGAGUAUGGCCACGGCCCUACUGCAGCUGUGGGUACCCGUCGGUCCUGGACGAGACUGGGACUGGUGGUUGCUGCUGGAAAACCAGCGAAGGAAUCGCUUGGUGCUGACGCCUGAAGUGUCGCGUAUUCGGCACGACUCCAGUUCUGGAGCGCACGUGUACGCCUGGGAACAAGGCCUCUACCACGCAGACCGCCUCCAAAGCAAUUAUUCUACUGCUGUGCUGGCUAACAUUGACAGGUUGAGUUCACCAUCUCUGUACGAUGCUUGGUACUGCAGCGAGAUCCUAAGAUCUACACCCAUCAUUAUACGGGACAAUCCGUGCGACGUAUUUCCUCUGCCAGACGACCAGUUGUACAGCUAG